AUGCAUGGGUCUACCGAUGAGGGCGCCUCCACCACCCUAGAAAGCGGCCGCCCGUCCACCGAGUCGGCCAAUGCCCCCGCUGAACUCAACAUCGACAUCUUCCAUUUUUCCUCGAAGCGAGCCUUCACGCUUGCUCAUUUGAAGUAUCUUACCUUCACCAUGAUCGGGAUCUCCCUUCUCUGGCCCUGGAACUGCUUUUUAACUGCCAGUGCAUACUAUGCGGACCGUUUUGUCGGGUCCCCGUCGCUCGUACGCGUCUACCUGUCGACCAUGAUGUCUAUUUCCACCAUCACGUCGACGGUGUACAACUACUAUCUCUCGCAACUGCAGACCGGUGUCGACUACACCCAUCGAGUCAACUUGGGCCUUCUGUUGACGAUCGGGGUCUUUGUUGCUAUGGCCGCCUCCUGUGUCGCCACCGUUUUCCUUGACAUGAAGGACACCGCCUUCUUCAUCGGCUUGAUGUUGAUGGUUUUUUUGCUGGCAGUCGCCACUUGCUUGGCUCAGAACGGUACCAUGGCCAUAGCCAACGUUAUGGGCGGUAUCUACGCCAAUGCCGUCAUGGUGGGCCAGGCCAUUGCCGGUGUCUUGCCCAGUGUUGCCCUCAUCGCCAGCAUUUUGAUUGCUGGUCCUCAUCUGGGCAGUCCUGCCAAUAGAGACACCCCGCACGAUGGGUACAAUCUGGAAGCCGCCACGGCCAACUACGGGGUGUUCAUCUACUACAUCACCGCCUCGUUGGUGUCGUUCGUCUCCAUGACUCUCCUCUACUGGACAAACUUCUACAAGGCGGAAACCGCCUAUGAGGCGCUCACCAACACCCUUGAGAAUGGUGACAACGACACGCCAGCUAACAGCGUCUCGAUUCUCGACGCCUAUGGAACAGACUCGGUCACGCAAUCGACCCAUGUCCCAUUCUCGCAGCUCUGGAGGAAACUCAAGUUGAUUGUUCUGGCCAUCUUCCUCACCUUCUCCAUCACUCUCAUUUUCCCCGUGUUUGCCUCCAACGUCGAGUCCGUGCACACGGACUCCAAGCAUCGGUUCUUCCUGAAGGCCAUCUUUGUACCCUUCAUCUAUCUUGUGUGGAACCUUGGAGAUCUUUUGGGUCGGGUCUUGUGUGGCUUCCUCCCGGGGUUUGUGAUACACUCCCCACGUCAGCUCGUGAUCUACUCACUUCUGCGUCUUGUGUUCAUCCCGCUCUUCUUCACCUGUAACAUCCAUCCAUACACUGCAAGUGGACAACUGCUGGCCUUGAUCAACCUGGACCUCUGGUACAUUCUUCUCCAGUUUCUUUUCGGGCUUCUGAACGGCCAACUUUGUACCUCCUCCUUCAUGAUUGUGCGUGACUACUGUGACGACGACGACGAGAAGGAGGCCGCCGGAGGGUUUACCACCGUGUUCCUCAGUGUUGGACUUGCCUUUGGCAGUGUCUUGAGUUAUUUAUUAGUAGCUGCUAUCAAUUAG